AUGUCGGACCAGCAGUUCGUCAAGCCAGAGCCUGGUGUAUCGCCAUCUCCUAUGGACGAGGACGACCUCUACGAGGAUGCGGGUGAUCUAGAGUUCUUCGAUCCUUCGAUACAAGGAAAUCCGUUCGGUGCCUUAUAUCUAGCACGUAUUCCUAGGGGUCUGUGGAAGGCUUGGUCCCAACUCGACGAUGAUACAGAGAUACAAGUCGGCACUCUGAGGCAGUGGUACGAAACGGAACCUGAUGGCACGAUGAAGCCUCGCAUGAAGAUGCUUCUCAAUUCCGACCUAGCACAGCAUCAGCCCGUUCCUCGAGAAUAUAACCUUGAUAUUUCCUCCGGGGUAUCGAAUCACUUCGUUUUUUCGGAGGCGGAUCUCCCGGGAUUCAAGGCAAAAUCGAAAGCUAGAUCCGACGCUUCUAACACGGGCUUGCCCUUGUCCAUCCUGAGAGCGCGGUCUGAGAAGGUUGAGAAGCCCAAGUGGGAUCGAAACAAGCCUUACUACAGAAAGGCCAUUCCGAAGAAGACGAAGAUCUACGGCAAGAUUGCAUUUGAGCUUAACUGCGCGCCGGUCCACGCCGAGGAACAGAGACACCUACUUCAAGCACAGACAAGCGAGGCAGCCCGCAGUGGCAAGCUCCAGAUCCUGGAUCGCCGCAAUGGCCAGAUCCUUCUUACAGGAACGGGUCGGGCUGCAGAUUGGGACUCGAACUUUAUCAAAUCUCAACCCAAGCCGACCAAGGCGAAGAAGGUGGAGAUGAAGACCAUUCGUAUUCCCGAGAGCGAACUCAUGGACAAGAUCAUCCAAUGCUUCUCGCGAUACCAAUACUGGUCACUCAAGUCUUUGCGGGCCGAGCUCAAGCAACCCGAGGCAUAUCUGCGCCAGACCCUCGAAAAGAUCGCCGUGUUGAACAAGACGGGGCGUUUCGCCAACAACUGGUCUCUCCGGCCUGAGCACGCCGCUCCCAACCUGCAGACCUCGGGCGACGUAGCCCCUGACGCGGCUGAUGGGGAUUCUGAGGUUGAGGAUGAGGAGGAAGUUAAGAUGGAGGAUGUCCUUUAG